AAGGACGGGGUCAGUGUUGCCAUGCUGCGUUGUGUACCGUGGGGCGCCCCCUGUAUUGCCCUCCAUCAUUUUCAGCAGCUGUUUCUGUGCAGGUCUUGUUCGCCACAGGUGUGGCGUUCCACUUGUAUCUCCCCCGUGCCCGAGCGUGCAGGAGCGUCCGACUUCUCAGCGGUGCGCGCCCUCAGUUUGUGGAGGUGCUUAUCUACAUGGUGCAUGUCUCCACCAACUAUCCUCGGGGCCCUGCACUUGAGAUCGAGCUGCCGUUGGUUGCAUGCUCUUCGGAUUUUCUGGUGAACGCAAGGUCCACCGGGUCAUCUCCAGCGUGGAGAGGGCGGCUCAGCGGAGUAUCGUGUGGGGUAAGUCUCGCUGCACCUGUUUUGCUUCGCUUGAUGUCUUGCGCGCUUUUGAUCAUGUGACUGUGGCUAAUCAGUCGAAUUCCAUGGAUCGGCUGGGCUUUCCACCAGAUCUUGCUUGCGCCGUGCUGGAGGCGCAGGCAACUUGCAAGGUGGAUUUCAAAGUUCAAGAUGUUGAGGUGUGUGGUGUAUCCUGGGACAGAUGUGUUCGUGCUGGUAGUGUUGGGGCCCCUUUAGGCUGGAUGUGUAAAUCUAUUGUUCUGUUUGGCGACUUGUGUCAGUCUUGGUGCCGCCAGGGAGUCGGUGUUCCACUGACUGCGGAGACGGGGCGCAGGACGUUCUCCCGCGCGUUUUGGGCGGACAGCGCCCCCUCGGCUCCCCGAGUGUUGAAAGGCGACGCGCCAUGAUUCACGACAUGUCUGUUGCGCUGUUUUCGAGGGUGACUUUUGGAAGCUGAGCUCGUUGCAUUACAUUCGUGCUGGGUUUCAGAUGCCGAUGUUGACCCUUCUGGAGGUGGCGUUCAGGGUGCCUGCCGGUGCACUAUCGGAUCAGGUGAAGCGCCGACGGGUCAACGGGGUGUGCUCUACUACUGUUUCAGUGCAGCAGGUUCCAAACAUUCUUAUAUUGGGGGUGGUCAUUGACUGUGAGAUGAAGACACAUGUUGAUGUGGAGUCUCGGAUAGUUUGCUGGCAACGAGCCUUCUGGUUUGAUAAACGAUACUCUUGCUACCGCGAUAUGCAUAUUAUCCGACGAUUGCGACGGUGCGACUGCAGAGUGUGAAGUAAGAUCCUCUUCGGUGUUGAGGGUCUGAUUGCGGAUGCGAGUAGCUUGGGGGCCUUGCACACAUUUGAGGGGAAGCUGCUAGCUAAGAUGAUGUGGAAACGCAAGGGUCCUGAGGAGGACUGGGCCGCCUUCGUGCAUCGAGUGUAUCGUCAGUGGCGUGCUGCACUGAAGAUUGCGGGCAUGCCGUCCUUGCCACAACUGUUUCUGUUUCGCCAGCGGUCCUGGGCCAAGGGUGCCUGAGCGACGGCAGCUGUGUUCUCAAGUCGUGUCGCAGACUACCACGGCGCCGGUGGAGAAAUCCCAAUGGUUGCAGGCUACGGUCUCUGUGUGUGCGAAUUCGGAGGUGCCUGGGUGUGGGUCUCAGUCGACACCUGCUUCAGGCUUAAACAAAGGACAGCUGAUCUGACAGAUGCCAGAGCGGGCUCAGAAUCGACAACGUGGUCCAACCGAUGACGGUGACCCCUGAGGACCCCAAUAGACCCCUGCAGGAUAUUCCACACAAUCGUGGCUACAAACGCCAGCGUGUACGCAGGGACCUGGGACCUGAGUGCAAUCACCCACGCACCCAGGCGCGGCUUACUAUGUUGCAUGCGGCUUCGCCCUGGACGGAUGAAAUGGAUGCGUUCGUCCGUGCGCUGCCGACUAAAGGUGCCAGAGCUCUCGCUAGGCGUCGUGAGGGAGGAUCGGGGUCGGCGGAUUUUGCUGCAAAGUACCUGCUUCAGGGUGUCGUGGCGGUGCUGGAAGCCUCGCUGCCCCCCCCUCGCGCGUGGCUGUGACCCGAGCGGGCCUGGACUCAGGCCUGUGGCUUUGCGCAAAGCAAAAAAAACAAGGUUGACGCUUUACCGCCGG